AUGCAAGUGUUGCGCGUCCGAAGGAACACCAUGCUGGAGGUGGACAAGAUCCUGGAGAAGUGCGGUGACUGCAACAGGCUGCAGCUCCUCAUGCUGCUCCUCUUCUGCCUGAUCAACGUGCUCUCCGCCCUGCACUACUAUUCCCAGACGAUCAUUAGCUUUGUACCCAAAUACUGGUGUGCAGAUGGUCUCUCCUCCAGUGAACCGCCGGCUGAGUCAAGCUGCUGGCCACUAGGCCAGAAUGGCACCGUUCGACAAACUUGCCACUCCUACGACUACGAGCUGUACAUGGGCUACGAGAGCUUGUCCAGCGAAAUGGAUUGGAUCUGCGCUGAUGCCUGGAAACUGACCCUUGGCCAGUCCAUGUUCUUUGUGGGCUCUGUGAUCGGCACUCUGACCCUCGGCUGUCUGGCGGACAUCGUGGGCCGCCUGCCCAUUUUGAUAGUGGCGAAUCUGAUCGCCAUGGCGGGCAACCUACUGACCAUUCUGGGCACGGACCUCACGCUAUUCUGUAUUUUUCGCCUGAUUUCUGGCUUUGCCACAGACAGCAAUUUCGUGAUGAUGUACAUUUUGGUUAUGGAGUACAUGCGGCCAUCCCUGCGCACCCUUGGCCUUAGCAUCUGCAUCGGGAUGUUCUACUGCUUGGGAUCGAUGGCAGCGCCCUGGAUUGCCGUGCUCACGGGUAGCUGGCGGGGAUUCCUACUGUCCACCUCUCUGCCCCUGCUCCUGGUGCCCCUCUUCUACUUGGUGGUGCCGGAGAGCAUUCAGUGGCUUAUUGCCACGCAGAAAUAUGACAAGGCCGUGAGUUGCCUGAAGCGGGUGGCCAGGUUCAAUGGCAAAGAGGUGGAGGAGAGCGCCUUCGAGGAGUUUAUCGAGGAGUGCAAAUACAGCCAACAGAAUCAGAAGGCGUCGCCCCACCUGCUGCACCUGUUUAAGACGCCCCGUCUGCGUCGGCACACGCUGAUACUCUUCUUCAAGUCAAUGGUCAUCACCCUCUGCUACGACGCGGUGUCGCGGAAUGUUCAGGGCCUUGGCAUCUCGCCAUUUUUGAUGUUCUCUCUCAGCGCCACCGCCAUUCUGCCCGCCUGCCUCCUUAUCAUCGCCCUCCAAGAUCGCAUCGGCCGAAAAGCGAUGGCCUCCGUCUCCCUGCUUCUCAGCGGAGUCUUCAUCUCGGGCACCGGCGGCCUUCUCUUUGCGGCCUCUGCCUCGAGUAAGACCACCAAACUUUUGGUAUCCCUCUCCGUGAUAGGACGUUUUGGAGUGACGGUGGCGUACAACUCCGGAGCCCAGUAUGCCACGGAACUAAUCCCCACCUGCGUUCGUGGUCAGGGAGUGGCUGCAGUUCAUGUGGCCGGGUAUGCCUUCACCUUCUUCAGCGCUUACAUUCUAUUCACCAGGAGCAUUUUCUCGCCCCUGCCGGAGAUCAUCCUGGGAGUCCUGUCGCUUCUGGGUGCUGGCCUGUGUCUUCUGCUGCCGGAAACGCUUAACCGCACCCUUCCCACUUCACUGGAUGACGGGGAAAACUUUGGCAAGAACGAUCGGUGGUACUCAUUCAGUUUCUUGGAAAAACGCACUCAAUCCGCCACCACUCUGGCCACCCAGAACGCUAAAAUGCCCUCAGACUCGUCUGUUUAUUUCUAAUCAAUAAUUUUUUAGGCUUUUAUCGGUCGUGGGUCGCGAUAUAUUAACACGAUAUCUGUACAAGUUAGGCGUUAAAAAUAAUAAAACUUAAGGAAGGAAACUAAAGUCGGGCUAAGCUGAAGCCAAAAAAAACAUAUUUUAUUAAACGUCGAAGUAUAAGCAAAGUUUUAAUAAGUUUCCUGAAAUCAAUAAAGGCCUAGAGCCUUGA